AUGGGCGCACUCGGCAAGCUGCUUGCACCACGACUUCGGGCUCUCGACACGCACCGAGCCCAGAUUGCCAGACUGAGCACCUCGUGCGCCUGGGCGCGGUGGAGUGCCGCCGAGCAGAAAGAACUGAUCCAGAUGAUCAACAACGACUUCCGGGGCAAAAUCGAGGGCAACUGGGAUCUCGUCGCCCAGCACAUCAGAGACGUGCCAAUCAACCACUGGCAGACAUGGAGCAGCGCCGAGCGCAAGAAGCUGGUGGACACUGUACAUCAGAAGUACAUCAGCAAACGGCGAGUUCAACCGCACCCCGAUACCUGCAUCACCGUGUACUACUGCAAGACUGUGGAGAUUCGUGAGGCGCGCGAUGCGGCCGAGCGCGGGCCAAUAGCGGCGGCGAAGACCUUGCGCGCCUGUGGCUGGCAGUUUCACUCGCACAGGCGCUACAGAUGCGGACGGGGCCGGCCGCUUCUAGACGUGCUAGCGCUAGCUUAUCGACAUGGGAUAAGCCAUUCGUCCGAAUCAUUGCUGCCGCGGCUGGCGUACCCGGCAAAAUGGCCGGCCAGUCGAGUGCAGCGGCUCCAGGCGUUUGUCUCCGAAAAUUACCUGCUGAGCACGCCCAUCCCGUCGUUCGAUCCCGCACCUGUGGACAUGAACCUGGCGUCGCUAUUUAUGGGUGUGCACCCGGCAGACUGUGCACACGCGUACGAGUCGCAGAUACGCGUUCAGUCCGGCAUCCGAGCAGCCCACAAGGCUUGGCAGCCUGAGGAGAUUGCCCGCCUUUAUGAGGCCUGCACCCAGAGGUCGAAAUUCCGCACCUGGGACGAUAUCUCUGCCCACGUCGGCACCCGCUCGCGCAGCGCCUGCUACACAUGCCAUAUGCGCCAACAGGAUAACUCGGAUCAAGGAUUUGCUGAAUGGACAGCUGAAAACAUUGCACUUAUCGAACAGCACAUCCAGGAGAGCCCGAAGCAGAAGCAUAUUUUGCCUGAAUUGUGUAAAAUGUUUCCCGAGAAGUCGAAAAUCCAAGUGCGCAACCAACUGCACAGAUGCAAAUUACGACUGCACAUGCGCAGAGUGCAAAAAAACGCUGUUAGUCAGCCGAGCUAUCUGGAAUCGUGCGUCAAGAGUGCUGAGGCUGCCAAUGGCUCGGUCGACUGGCGCGCGGUUUCCCAGGCGCUGGCUGUGCCACCACAGAACUGUAAAAAGGCGUAUGAGGACAUGCAGCGCAAACAGUUUGCGCCCCUAAGGUGGUCUAGGGAGGAGGUCCAGCGGCUGAUGCAGACUGUUGAGGCGACCAAAGAUAAAGACGACUUUUGUUGGAAUGUUGUCUCGAGAGCUGAUGGAGGCAUUCCUUACAUCCCCGUGUACAACACCGUCGAUCGCCUUACAAUCAUGGAGAAUUUGCACAAACCCUAUUUUGAGACACCUAGGGUUAUCAAGAUGUGGAUGUUUGGCACAUGCGAGUACAGCAUCAGCAACGCCAAAUAUGCACGCAAGGCGUUUACGCAGUCCAACUCACUGAUUUUUGAAAAUGGGCAUACUUACCGCGGCCACCGUGCGGUUGUCAACCUAGCAUUCCGCCGCGCAUGGCCCACGCAGCUAUUCAAAAAGCCGCUAAUAGACAUGGUAGAGGUUAUGGAGGGCGAGGCCGACAAGCCAUUCAUCUUUGAUGCUCUGCGCAAUCCUGGCAACCAUAAAACCGCGAUGUACGACUCAUUGGUUGACACAAUUGUGGAUCCAGUGUACAACAUUUUGCCAUGGCUCGACAAAUUCCCCAUGGAGAGCGCGCCAAGCAGUGGAAAGCCUUGGACAAGUACCCGCUCACUAAAGAGGAGCGCAACAAUGCUAACCGCUGACAUUGCUGCUAGAGUCGUACAUUAUGAUCAAGUCGGGAAAAUGCUGGAUGAGCGCGGCAAGCCGAUCAUACUGUUGAUCAAGGAGGAGUUGCGCGACAACAUUAGUUUGUUAUACAUCGCUGGCUACAACACCACAGCAAAUUCACUCGCAUACGUAAUGCUGGAGCUGGCCCAUCACCCUGAAAUCCAGCAAAAGGCGCGCGACAUUGUUAUCAGCAUUAAAGAGCUGGGGUAUAUUGACCUUAUUGUCAAGGAGACCCUGAGAAAGACCCCAUUCCUGUACAAUUUGGGCCCUACUCUCUGCCCAAAGCCCAAAAAGUUUAUUCCUAAGUGGUUUGUAGACGAUAAGAGCACUGACAUCAAAAAUGUUGCUCCGUUUACUUUCACAUCGUUUAGCAAUGGUUCCCGCCAGUGCGUGGGCAUGAAGUUCUCCCUUAUUGAGCAGCGCAUCGCCAUCGCCCUCUUUUGCUGUACUUUGAAUGGACGCUACCCGCGAACAGUCAUUCUGGCACUCGACAUCCACAACUCCUGCUGGCUUGUCAUGCCGGUUGGGCUGAUAGUUGACCUCAAGCGCCGUCAUUGGACAGACACGCACAACGACGAUGGCGGCCGAUUUUCCGUACCCACUACUCCCCGCCAGCAGUCGCAGAACGGCCACCACGGACUGCUAUCCAAUGACUACGAGUAUGUCGACGAGGAAUUUUCGAGCGAUGUCAACAGCGGCCCUCACCCGUACAUGACGUACAACUCGUUGGCCACCACGAGCUACGAGGCCGGGCCCUCGUUCGCCAACGCGUACUUUGCUAAUCAGCCCAAGAAUCAGGACCCGCUCCAGGCCCCCCCAGGAAUAAGCGGUCAGGAGAGUGACGGCGCGCAACCCAAACACGACCAGGGCCCAGCAGCCGCGGCAAUAUUAAACUGCAAGCAGAGCCUCGGCGUCGAAUGCAAUGGUGCGAGCACUGAGAAGCGCCCGGCGUCAGCUGGCUUUACCACCAGAACCAUUCUCGAGCACCCAGUUGGAGAUGCCUCUGGGGAUGCUGCUCCAGAAAAGACCGGGCAGCAGCAGGCUGCGGGGCUGCUGCCAGUUUGGUCGGGGCGCGCACUGGCCGAUGACGCUGAUGUUGACGAUGACGCCACGAGCCGCAGGAUUGAAGGCGAGAUCCGUAGCAUGAUGCGCCGCGUCCACAUUGGGGACGGGUCGGAAAACGUCUACGACAUCAACGAAGGCCCCAGCGAGCUCAAGCGCAUUGGAGACUCCUCCUACCAGCACGAGGCGGCCAACCCAAAGAACCGCGCCGAUGGGACAUUUAUCCGCCGCCUCCCGCGGCAACACGCCGAGCCCGAAUCUGAAGAGUUUGACUUUGAAAAAUGCAAGAUUCUUGGAGCCGAAGACGGGGUGUUUGAGAUGGGCGAAGACGGCGUGUACGCUGUAUACGAGUCUGAGGAGGCGCGGGCAUCGGGUGCAGAGCCAUUCACCAGCGCGCCGUCGAUUCGCGAGUUUUUCGUUGACCUCGAUUUUGUCAUCGACGCGAUCUCGGACGGGCCCAUCAAGACCUGGGCCUUCCGCCGCCUGCGCUACCUCGACGCCCGCUGGCAGCUCUACAUCUUGCUGAACGAGCGCGAGGAGACCAUGCAGUCCAAGAUGGUGCCGCAUCGUGACCUGUACAACGUGCGCAAGGUCGACGGGCACGUGCACCUGGCCAGCGCGAUGAACCAGAAGCACUUGCUGCGCUUCAUCAAGUACAAGCUGAAGACCGAGCCCGACAGGCCAGUCAUAGUGCGCGACGGCCAGACGCUGUCGCUGCGCCAGGUGUUUGAGUCGCUGAACCUGACUGCCUACGACCUGUCCAUCGACACGCUGGACAUGCACGCCCACAAGGGCGCCUACCACCGCUUUGACAAGUUCAACCUAAAGUACAACCCGAUCGGCGAGUCGCGUCUGCGCGAGAUCUUUAUGAAGUCCGACAAUUUCAUUGACGGCGAGUACUUUGCGCAGAUCACCAAGGAGGUCAUCUCAGACCUCGAGCAGUCCAAGUACCAGAUGGCCGAGUACCGCAUCUCGAUCUACGGCCGCUCCGCCGACGAGUGGGACAAGCUGGCCGCCUGGGUCAUUGACCACAAGAUUAUAUCGAGCAACGUGCGCUGGCUUGUGCAGGUGCCGCGCCUGUACAACGUGUACAAGGCCGGUGGCCAUGUGGAAAACUUUGAGCAAGUGCUGGAAAACCUGUUCCGCCCGCUGUUCGAGGUCACCAAGGACCCGAGCUCGCACCCCAAGCUGCACAUCUUUUUGCAGCGCGUUGUGGGCUUCGACUCGGUUGAUGAUGAGUCCAAGCCUGAGCGCCGGCUGCACAAAAAGUACCCGCUGCCACGCCUGUGGACCAGCAAGGAAAAUCCGCCGUACACGUACUACUGCUACUUUACAAUGGCCAACAUGUGCACGCUCAACCAGUGGCGCUCGCGCCGCGGCCUCAAUACCUUUGUUUUCCGCCCGCACGCCGGCGAGGCCGGCGACACCGAGCACUUGGCUGCGGCCUUCCUCUCGGCGCAAGCCAUCAACCACGGAAUUUUGCUGCGCAAGGUCCCGGCUCUGCAGUACCUUUUCUACUUGAAGCAAAUUGGCCUGGCCAUGUCACCUCUGUCCAACAAUGCGCUGUUCUUGGUGUACGAGCGCAACCCAUUCAACACAUAUUUCCAGCGUGGGCUCAACGUUACCCUUUCGACCGACGACCCGCUGCAGUUCCAUUUUACCAAGGAACCGCUGAUGGAGGAGUACUCUGUUGCUGCCCAGAUUUGGAAGUUCUCUAGUGUCGAUAUGUGCGAGCUAGCAAUGAACUCGGUCAUCCAGAGCGGCUUUGAGGCCGAGGUCAAGCGCCAUUGGAUUGGUCGCGAGUACUUGGAGACCGGUCAGACUGAGGUACAUAGAACCAAUGUCCCGCUGUGCCGCCUUAAAUACCGGUCGUCGACGCUCGAGCAGGAGCAUGCAAUCAUUGGCAAGAUGACAAGCACGGGUUCUGACUCUUUAAUUGGAACCAUUUAG